UCAGUUUCUGCUCCUGGAGACUGGAAACUGGAAACUGGAGAGAGGUUUGAGUGAGCAGAUGGAAACUGAAGCAAUGUGAGGAAGAGGAGGAGGAGGAAGAGGAGGAAGAGGAGGACGAGGAGGAAGAAGAAGAGGAGGAAGAGGAGGAAGAAGAGGAAGAGGAAGAUCUGUGUCCAUCCUGUGAGAAGUGAAGCCACAGCAGUGCAUGAUGGGAUCUUUCCGGCGCCCCAGGCCUCGGUUCAUGAGCUCGCCGGUUCUGUCGGAUCUCGCCCGGUUCCACGCCAGCUCGCCAUCUCUACACAUCUCCAACACCAGCGUGUGGAACAGCGUCCAAUCGGCUGUGAUCAAGGUGUUCCAGGGCGGAGCUCUGCAGACCAACGAGCUGUUCACGCUGAACGAGAGCAUCAGGUGGCUCCUGAAAACAGAGAUGGGCUCCUUCAUCACCGAGUACUUCCAGAACCAGCUGCUGACCCGGGGUCUGUCUGACGUCCUGGAUCAGAUCCUCCUCCACGCCGGGAACGAGCGUCUGGUCGCCCUGGGAGACACGUGGGACAGAUUCUUCACAGAGACGCUCCCCACCCUGCAGGCCAUCUUCUACCCAGUCCAGGGUCAGGAGCUGACGGUCAGGCAGAUGGUUCUUCUGGCCUUCAGAGACCUGGUGCUGUUAAAGCUCCACCUGGAGGAAACUCUGGGAACUGCUGCCUCCAUCCCCCCACCUGUGACUCAGAUGCUGCUGGUGCUGCAGGGAAUCCACGAGUCCGGGACCCCCAGUCUGGAGUAUUACCAGCUGGAGCGUCUGGUGGAGGUCGUUGUGCGUCCGUACGUCAGCAACGUGCUGCACAACACCAACCACCUGCUGCUAGAGUCCCGUCAUCUGCGGUUGUCGGGGUCGUUGCUAGGUGACCAGCCAGAGAUCACCAUCUGUCAGCACCACAGCUCGUCCGACUCCUCGUCUCUGGCUCCCCUGGUGGAGCAGGAGGGCGAGGCCUACCUGGAGAAGGCCGGAGGCGUGCGGCGCCACACGGUGGCCAACGCUCACUCAGACGUGCGGCUGCUGUCGGCCUCCGGCAGGAUGCACGCCAGAGCAGAGAGGAACAACGGGGUGGGGGGUGGCGCCGGGGGUGUGAGGUUCAUGGUAGGGGGCGGGUCGAUGAGUCCCUUCUCCAGCCAAACGGACAUGAUGGAGUCUCCGAGGGGCGGAGUUAUCUGCCUUCCUGACAGCUAA